AUGGGCGAACACCCUGUGGGAGAGCAAAGUGGCCACCGACGAAGCAACUACGUUCUCGGUGGUCUCAGCUACUACCGUAAGUUCCUCCCCAACAUGGCUAAACGCAUUCGACCUCUGACUACUCUACUCAAGAAGCAGGAGAAGUUUAUCUUCACCCCUUCCAUGGAGCAAGCCGUUUGCGUUUUGUUACCUGAGUUGGCCAAUCCCCCUGUUUUGGUUUAUCCAGAUUGGGAUGCUGUUUCAGACGGCUCGCGACCUUUUUCAUCUUUGCUGUGAUGCUAGUCACGAUGGGUUCGGUGGGACUCUCGAACAAGAACAGCCGGGUUGUUCCAUUCGCC